AUGUUCCUACUGCGUCGCGCCCCACUGCGUCUUGUCCCGCGUCUGGCCACUAUCCGCUGUCAGCGACGUUCGUUGGGCAGUGUGAGUGCCAUUGAUUCUGUCAUCUUCAGGACUCUUUUUGGAACAGAGGAAAUUCGCAAGGUCUUCGACGACAAAGCCUACAUUAAUCGAUGUGUUGAUGCAGAAACGGCUUUGGCUAGAGCACAGUCCAAGUGCAAUGUGAUACCACCUCACAUUGGCGAUGUGGUGACCUCGAAAGCGAACGAGGUGGAACUGGACUACGACAAGCUGCGCACGGAAACCGAGAUUGUCGGGUACCCCAUCUUUCCCUUGGUACGACAAUUAUCUGCAUCAUGCGGCGACGAGGCUGGACGGUAUGUGCAUUGGGGCGCAACUACUCAAGAUAUCAUGGAUCUCGCCAGCAUCUUGCAAAUGAAGCAGGGCCUCGAGAUUGUGGAGCGAACACUUCGCUCUGUCAUCAAGAACCUCGAACACCUCUCCCGAAAGCACCGCGAUACGCCAAUGGCCGGACGCACCCACCUGCAACACGCCUUGCCAAUUACCUUUGGGCAUAAGUGUGCGAUUUGGCUGUCCAGCUUCCAGCGUCAUCUCGAGCGACUUGAGCAGCUCAAGCCGCGUGCGCUCAUGGUGCAGUUUGGCGGAGCUGCAGGCUCCUUGGCCUCGCUGGGCUCUGGCGACGAUGGCAUUCGCGUGCGAAAGGAGAUGGCAAAGGACCUUGGCUUGACUGAUCCUCCCAUCACCUGGCACGUUGCACGCGACGGAGUCGCUGAGAUUACAAACUAUCUUGCGCUCGUUGGCGGUACGCUCGGCAAAUUGGCUCUCGACAUCAUCAUCAUGUCCUCAAAUGAGCUCUCAGAAGUCUCGGAACCUUUUGUACCCCACCGUGGCGCCUCGUCUACGAUGCCGCAGAAGCGAAAUCCCAUAUCGAGCGAGGUCGUCUUAGCGGCAUCAAAGAUUCUGCGAUCGAAUGCUGGGCUCGUUUUGGACGGCAUGGUAUCAGAUUUCGAGCGCGCAUCAGGUCCUUGGCAUCUUGAGUGGGUUGCGGUACCAGAGAGCUUCGUCAUCGCAGUUGGUGCACUCUAUCAAGCCGAUUUCGCACUCUCUGGGCUGGUUGUGAAUUCCAAGCAGAUGUUGACGAAUCUGUACUCGACACGCGGACUCAUAGUGGCGGAAGCAGUAAUGAUGGGCCUUGCGCCGCACGUUGGUAGGUCCAAAGCACAUGACAUUGUGUAUGCAGCAUGCAAAGAGAGCAUCGAGAAUGACACCAGCCUUCUGGAUGCUUUGCAAACCAAAUCGGAGAUCACAGACAAGAUUUCCAGCGAACAGCUGGCUUCGUUGUGUGACGCGAAGAAUUACCUUGGAUCGUGUGGGCUCAUGGUGGACGAGGUCCUCGCCGCGUCAAGAUAA